AUGUCAGUAAAACACGGACAGUACACCUUGGAACUCACCAACGGCUUACCGCCGGGAUGUGAUUCAUGGGAGCAAUAUGAAUCGAAUCCUCGUCAACCACGACCAACUCCGACCCCCAAGCGUCCAGUUCCGCAGUGGCCUCCGCGUGAACAGCGAAAAGGUAAAUGGAUCCGGAAGUACUUGGACCAGCUCGACCCCGAGACAGAGUAUGACCAAAUAAUCAGGACGAUAGCCUUCUUCGGGCCCUCCGCGUUUGCAGCCGCGGUCAGCUACACGGCCAUCUUUGCAGUCCUCACUCAAGCGCCGUCCGGCGCCGCAGCCAUCCACUUCGGCGGCAAAGUGAUGCGGCGCGGCCACCAGCGCUUCUACGAGACGGAGCUGUACCAGCUCGAAUGGGUCUACCACGGCAGUAGCUCGCCCGAGACGGCACAAAGCAUCGGCAAAAUCAACCGUCUCCACGCCGCCAUCUGGAAGCACGUUCCGGGCUCGUACAGCGCGCCGUAUGAGGGCCAGAUGGCGCUCGUUGGCGCUGCAUACUUUGAGGCGCUUGUGCGGAAGAUUGUUGGCGCACGCAACGAUGUCAAUCCGAAGGUGAAGGCUGCCUGGCCUGAGUGGUGCGAGCGCGUCGCCAGCCACUUUGUGACCGAGCCGUCGGACGGCAGCCGAUCGUACGGCAUCAACUUUCCUCGGAAUUGGGAUGAGUUGGAAGCGUUCUUUUACUGGUUCGACGGGAUUGCGUUUGAAGAACAGUCGACGCCGGAAUUGUUGCAGAAGGGCCACGAGACUGCCGAGGCUUUCAUCGACCAGUUUUGCGAGCUGUGGUUUCCAAGGUAUUUCCGCUGGUUCGGGAGAGCAUUGCUUCUCACAUUUAUCACUCCAAAUUGUCGACGCCGGCAACGGCUGGGUGAUCCAAACCCCGUCGUAUCCGCCGCCAUCAAGAUCAUCGUCAAAAUUGUUUUUGAUGUCAGCGACGAGUGGCUGCCUGAUCCUGUGGAUCCGCCUUUGCUACGUCUUCGUGAAGAUUUGUUGAACGGGAAAGUCGGGAAUGGUCGGCUCUAUGACUUGGAUAAAACGACGAAAGCCCAUCGCACACAGCAAGACAAGAUGCUAGCAGUAGCCUUCUUCUCCUUCUUCAUUGUUCUUCCUUGUCUUCUCUAUCUUUGA